UAGAGUGGGGGAAAAGAGAAAAUGUUUGGAGGGAGCGGGAGGGGGAUGAAGAGAUGCCGGGAAAGCGCGCCACCGAGAAUGCGGCAACAUUUUGAAUCGGAAGCGCGGGCCCUUCCUCCACAUUUACACCAUUCGCGCUUCUUCUUUCUCUCUCUAUAUAUAAAUUAAUCCUCAACAAUUAAAAAUAAAAAAUAAAAGCGAAAGCAUUAUCAUUUCCUCCUCCGUUUCACCCGAGAGCCGCUCUUCUUCGAUUCUUCUAACUUGGGCCUUCCCCCUCUCUUCACUCAAACCAACUCUACCUCCAAUCCUUUUCAAGCACACUGAAUAGGAUUUGAACCUGAUGAUUUAGGAUAUUUUCUGCCCGAGCGAUUAAAGUUCUGGAAGAUACAUUGGUUGAUCAGAUUUGCGUCCCCCCUUCCCGUGUGUGAUAAUGCGGGAGGAUAACAUUGAUGGUGUGUUAGGCCACAAUCGGCCGGCCCUUGCAAACCUAACCAAUCGUCCGCUCAAACGAAAGCUUUCCUCAAUUUUGAGUAAUUCAGGUGCUAAACCAAGGGAUGGAUGUGGAAAAACUGUGGAUGGGGAAGACGAAGACGCCAGAUUCCCAAAGCACGUGAGUCUACGACUACAAGGAGCGGAAUAUGUCAAGGAGAACUGUAAACGAUCGAGCGGAGAGCAAUGUUAUUCAAUGGCGCUGUCUAGAUUUAGUAAGGAGCAGCAGGAGUCUGAUUGCUCACCGGCUUCGAGUGAAGCUGACACCGCUUUGUCUGAUAUACCAAAAGAAUCUGUGCAGUGUAAUUUGUCGAUUGACGAACCGCAUCUUGUGAAUGAGGGUGAACACCGAAUUACAGACAGUGAAGCUUUGGGAGUUCCUUGCUUGCCCACAUCUGUUAUCCCUACUUGCUCCGAGGAUCACAAGAAAGAGUGUCCUGGAAUUAUGCUAAACAAUGAUAAUAAUGAAGAAGAAGUUGAUCCUGUUUUAAGUAAUGACGAAAAGGAUAUUGGUGUUGGUAUAAUUGGCUCAAGCAACCACGACUCCUCAGAAUGGUCGAGGAUGCCUAUUUCAGAGGGUUCCAAGUCUCUGGGAUUGGAUAGGUGCUCAGGACUUAAGACUAAUAACUGUGCUAAUGCAGACAUGUAUGACGACUUGCUUAAAACAUGUUCUUGUUCGUUCUGCUUGAAAGCAUCAUACAUUUGGUCAGAUCUCCAUUACCAGGACAUUAAAGGACGUAUUUCAGCACUUAAGAAAAGCCAGAAAGAUGCAAGCAUCUUGGCUCAGAAAAGCAGCAAAGAGAAAGAGACUUAUCAUGGUCAAGGAAAUUCUUCCAGCUCAAAGCUAGAACUUGAUCUUUGUGGUCAGUGGAUGUCACUGUUCCGUCAUAUGGAAGAUACGUUUGCUCAUGAAGGAAACCAACUUCAAAACAGUUUUGUUACCCUGAAAGAUCUGAGAGAGGAGUGCAAGAUGAAUUUGGAGAUGCUUAAUGCCAUGCCCAUGGAGAAGCAUUAGCGUGCUGUUCUUUUUCCUCCCAGUCUGAUGGUUGUGGGCCGUGUGAAAGCAUGACAGCCUUGAAUUAGAUUGAGAUAUUUGAUACAUCUGCUAUGAAGACAGGUAACUUGUUUGAACUUGCUCUUUUAAGAUUGCUAUUCCAUAGUUGAGAUUGAGAAAAAUGCAUUUUAGAGGGUCAUAUGAGUGUUUAAAAAGUGACUUGUCGGUUUUGAUUGGAUGAGACAGGCUGAACUUGGCAGAUUGGUUUAUAAGGUCUUGAAAUCAGUUUAGGUUGAAUCAAUCUGUCUAGAGUUUAAUGUAACAACCUUUAGAAAUUAAUUCUUUAAGACUUUGAAAUAUAAUUGUUCAUAAAAUAAAAUUUGAUUUCAAGUUGUUGUAAUGCGUAA